AUGGCGGCGCAGACGGAGAUCGGGGAGGUGGUGCAGCAUGGCAUCGACAACUCCAUCAUGAUGAAGGUAAAGAUCGAGACGCCCACGAAGCGCACGAAGCCCAAGGAGCCGCACUUCGAGGAGGGCGACAAGGAGAAUAUCGAGAACCUCAAUAAUUCUCACGAGUUCGACGGCAAACAGCAGGAGCUCGGGGGCAUCGUCGCGAGGGCCGAGGGCGUCUGGCAGGACUCGAAGCUGCAGGACAAGCUCGACGGCGGCGACAAUAUCGAGGACGGCGCGAAGCUGUUGGUAGGCGGCGCGGAGACCCCCUUUGCGAGGAGCGGGAGGCCAAGCAGCAGGAGCAGGAGGACGCAGUAA